GAAUGGGAUUGAAGUAUUGUGUCUUAUGUCCUUAAUUAAAAUUGAUAAAGACGGCAAGCUACGAUGCAUAAUCAAUUGAGAGAUUUUGGAAGGGAAAUUGUUCGUCUAGAAAAUCAAAAGGAGCCUCAAGGCCGUAGCAGAUUAUGGAUUUAUGAGGAAGCCAUCAAGGUGCUUGACAACAACAAGGGCACUGGUAAGAUUGAAGCCCUUCGUCUAGACAAAUUUGGUUGUAGAAGAAGCUACACAGGUGAACUAUUUAAAGAACUGACCCAUUUGAGGUUCCUUCAAGUGAACACUGCGAAUCUUGUUGGAGAUUUCCUGAACUUGCUUCCUCAAUUAAGAUGGCUUCAAUGGGAGGAUUGUCCCUUGAAUUUCACAGCGGCCAACUUUCAUCUGAAGAAAUUAGUUGUGCUGGAUCUGUCGUGGAGUGGGAUUUCGGAGGAUUGGGGAGGUUGGGGUCCACUCAAGAUGGCAGCCCAGCUCAAAGUUCUCAACCUUCCGAAUUGUCGAUCUAUGAGAAGAACUCCUGAUUUGUCUGCUUUCAAAAGCUUAGAGAUCUUUUCACUGGAAGGAUGUUGGCAUCUACAAGAGGUUCAUCCUUCUAUUGGUGACAUCAAGACCCUUGUCUCCUUGAAUGUCAAGAGUUGUAAGAGAUUGGAGGCUACCGGCUUACCCAAAUCCAUUGGUUCUUUGAAGGAGCUCAAGACUCUUGAUGCCUCUAAUUGUGCAUCCUUAGCCUACAUAUCCAGCUCCAUAGGCCAUCUAGCAUCUUUGCAGUGCUUGUUAUUAUGGGGAUGCUCCUCGCGGAGAGAAAUUCCCGAUUCGAUCGGAAAGUUGGAAUCAUUGGCCGAACUACAUUUAGCGAGGACAGCAAUUGCGGAAUUACCUAAAAGCAUUGGGAAUCUGCAGAACUUAAGGAUCUUGGACAUUUGUCGAAGUCACAUAACAGAAUUGCCUGGUGCCAUCAGAAUGUUGACGAAACUCCGAGAGUUGAGAGCUUCAGGAUGCAAAAAUCUGGAAGGACUACCUAAUAAUAUGGGCGAACUGAUUUCGCUAAAUAAGCUUAAUUUAGGGAAGUCGGGCAUUACAAGCUUUGCCAGAAAGCAUUUCUAA